AUGGCAGACUUGCUUAAGGAAGAUGUUGAGGCUCCUCUGUGCCUUCAAAGUCUCACGGCUCUGUCUUCUCAUACUUGGGUCAGUAAGAACUUGAGUCGUUCCUAUCCUUCGAGUGAAGUGAUGAACAGUGCAGUGAGGUGGUCUGAUUGGAUCGAUAGACUUCUCCCAAGGCAUGGAGCUUAUUGGAAGAUGGCUGGGAUUUAUGACGUGAUCCUUCUGUCUAGGAACUCUGUCAAUAGGGACGAGAACCUGUUGGCUGCUGCCUUGUGUUUCUGGAACUCCGCCAGCAACACCUUCGACUUUCAUUUAGGUCCCAUGAGUCCAACCCUGCUGGAUCUGGCUCAAAUAUUUGGGUUCAGGCCCCAUGGGAGGCCUGCUGAUGCUGUUGGUGACUACCAUAGAGGAAAGAAUCGAAAGAGUUUGGCCAAACCCUUUACCAUUCCUACUGCCACGAUCAACCAGAACUGUUUCUUCUCCAAUUUUUUGAACAAGUUUAGUACUGAAAAGGAUAAGGAUCAGAAAUACAUGUUGUUCCUUCUAUACUGGUUGAACAGGUUCAUCUUUCCCAACCGCUCCUCGGCAGUUUGGCUGGAAUACAAGCAUUUGGCAGAGGCCUUGCAUAAUCAUGCUGAUGUGGGACUUGGCCCCACAGUUCUGGCUCACCUGUACAAGAAUCUUCAUAGCGCCACUCUGGAGAAUCCUCUGAACAUCUCUGCUCCUGGCGCAUUCUGGAUGAUCCGGAUCUGGCUGCAGGUCUAUUUUCCGGAACUGAGAUUCCUAAACAUUGUUCUGCCUGAAGAUCAGGUCAGGGCGACCCCCUUGAUGUCGGGAGAGGUGCCUAAGCGCUCCAUUGAAGAAUAUCUCAUGUUUUUUAGGCACUGCACCAAGAGGUCUGCUACGCAGUGGCAAGUAGUGCUCAGAAGAUCAUACCCUUGGUUCCAGUCUGGACACAGACUUUUUGAGAAAGAGCCAGAAGAGGAGGAGGCAAAGAUUGAUUUCAUAAAAAAGUUUCUAAGUGUGACGUUGCCUCAGGACAUGCCCUUUGGUGGAGGGAAACCUCCCAACUAUCAUCUGGGGGCAGAAGUGUAUCACCCCAAUUUAUGUGCCAGGCAGCUUGGCUGUCCUCAGCUCAUCCCUCUCAAAUCCUAUAGGAGUUGUAACCGUGCUACCUCAUGGAGGGACUUAGAUGAUUUGGACGUGCAGAAAGACUGCAGGUGUUCGUGGAAAGCUCACUUCGCUGGUCUGCCUGAUGCCAGUACUGCUGUGAAGACCUUGUUUGAAACUUGGAAUCCUAGGACUGUCCUUGCAAAACCAAAAGCCAAAAAAUUCAUAGUGCAGAUGGUCAAAGGCAUCAAUGCUCAAGUGAUUGAAUUUACUUCUGUUAUUGCUGCUGGAGGCCUGGAGCUUCCUUUUGGUGAUGAGGAGGAUUAUUAUGAGACUUUGGCAGAAGCUACCAAAAGAUCCCCUCCUCCCUCCAAGGCGAAGAAGCUGAGAAAGAAAGCUGUUAAUGAGCUUGAUGAGAAGGAAGAGCUUGCAGCAGUUCUUGCAGAGACCACAGAAACUAAUGAAGAGUUGCGAGAGGCCUUUGAGGCCGUGGAACAGGAGAAGGAGAAGGAGAUUUUGGAAGGAGAAAAAGAAAAGAAAAAGGAUGGAGAAGAAGAAGUGGAGAGCAUUGAGCUGGCGAAGAAGCACCAAGAGGCCCAAAGAACAGAGCCCACCAGUUCAGAAUUGGCUCUUUUUGAUGAUGUGGAGGCAGAACAUUCUGCUGCUAUUCUAGCAUUUGAGGUGGAGGAGGGCAAAACUAUUGGGAUGUUGGCUGUAGUGACCAGUCCUCUCAAGCCUCCCAUUGUGGCUAUGCCUAUCCACUUUGUUCCUAGUUCCCCAGCUACUGCCUCUUUUGCUGAUCCAGAGCUGGCAGAAUUUGAAGCCAUGGAUCUGGAUGCUCAACUGGACAGGCUAGAGCAGCUCAGCUCUACUCCAGGCAAGGCCAAGUCUAAAGCAGUGGAUGAGGCAAUGGACAAAGUGAAAAUAUGGCAGUCAAUGGAGCUGGAUUUGGAUGAAAAUAAAGAGGCCAUAGAUCAGCUAAUGCAGGAUCUAGACCUGUUGCAUAGGGCGAAUGUGGCUCCCAGGCCCAUUAUUGAGAUUAGCCUUGGCUUGGCAAGAGACGUGCUAAAUCUCCACAAUCGCUAUGAAGAUCUCCAGCCCUCGUUCAAAGCUUCUGAAUUCUGCAAAGCUACUCAUGAAGCUAACCUUGCUCACUAUCAGAAAUAG